AAGACUUCAAGAUCGACGAGUAACCUGAUUUACACGGAUCCAACGAUUGAAAUGAAAGUCACAAUCUAAUUAAUGUGUAAAGACUGGAGAUGAGCACUUUCAUUUCUGUUUUAGUGGUAUUUUCGCUUUUGUGAAGUGUACCGGAAUGUGGUCUUACUCAAAUAGAAAAAGUAAAACGAAUACAUAAUUUUGCAGUCAACACACGUCGAUAUGGUGCGAUUUGUUGACGUCUUAGCGGUUUGCACCAUUUUUUUAUUGACUACAGUCGGAACAGAUCGAGUUCACAAUAAACAUGUGGUUUGUUAUGUUGAGUACGAAAACGACUUCAAAAUUGGAAAAGUUGAUCUCAGUUUGUGUACACAUUUAAUUGCUGUCGACCAUGUGUGGGGCGUAAAAUUUGAAACUGAAGAAGAUCCAUGGACUGAUUCAAGAGAUAGAAGUAAACAAUACAAACAUCUAACAAAAUUAAGACGAAAAUUUCCACAUUUGAAGAUUUCGUUGGCGCUCAAACACAAUUUUCGUGAUUACCUUCUGAUCGCCAAAAGUAAUGAACGAAAUCAAACAUUUAUCAGAAUGGCGACUGAUUUUGUUUUGCAGCAAAAAUUCGAUGGAUUAGAUUUGCUGUGGGAUUUUUCAAGAUAUCAAGAAUACAACUACAAGUACAUUUUCGAUGAAAAAUACGAUCAAGAGAAUUUCUUCAACUUUAUGAAAGAGUUCAAAGCAAGUUUCCAUUCGCAUAACAUCUCACUUACCACGACAUUUAUUGCGGUAAAUGAAAAAAUUCUUGAAAACAUUGACCCAUUUCAUCUAUCGAAUCACUUCGACUUCAUUCACUUUUUGCAAUGGUACAUUUUCGAUGGCCUCAAAUUCGGUCAGUAUCAAUUAGCCCUUGAGAUGCGAAGUAUUCGAAAUAUGCAAAAAGCCAUUGAUUGUGCGAUUGCUUUGGGUGUUCCGCGUGCUAAGAUCAUCAUGGGGUUGCAACUAUUACCAACGGUAUUCGAUCAUUUCUCGUCCGAAGUUGAAAAAUUUGACUACGGUCAUGUUUGUGAUUUAGAAGAAAAGUACGAUGUCACUCGUGGUCUAGGCACUGCCAAAAAGCCAGUACCGAUUCUCUGGACAUUUUUACCCGAAUAUGAACGUUACAUAUAUGAAACGAUGCGCUCCGUAGCCAACAAGGUCCGAUUUGCUGUCAGACGGGAUUUGGGUGGAAUUAUGGUGUUUCCCAUUAACUAUGAUGAUUUUGAGGGCAAAUGCACAGCCAAAAACAACCAAUUCGUCGAUUUUAAAUCAAUGGCAAAUAUUACUUUGAACAUCCCAACUGUUGAAAAUACAAGUUUUCCGCUUCUUCGUACCAUAAAUGCAGCAAUUAUUGUAGCCACGGAUGAAAAAGUAAAAGAGGAUCAAAUUCAAAUUGAAAAUCAGACUGAUAAAUCACGGCAUGGUUCAUUCCAAGAUAAAAUUGUCAUGUGCUACACUUUAACGAGACCAGAUCGAAAGAUAAUCACAAUUCCAAUUGAAAAUGUUAAUCUAAAUCUUUGCACGCAUCUCGUUUGCAUCGACAAUAUUUGGAACACAACAGCUGAUGAAGAACCUUGGCGAGAUAUGACAAACGCAUCAGAUUAUGGACGAUUUACACAUCUACGGCAGAAAUAUCCACACUUAAAGGUAAUUGUGAACUACUCUUAUUUAGCUCAAAAAUGA